AUGCCGGGCGUGGAAGUGAUGGGGUCAUCGGAGGAUUUGCGAGCAUUCGAACGGCCGCUCCUAAGGUCUCACAAGACGCUCCCUCGGCGGGGUGUAAUCGUUCCUAGCAUCGAGGUCAUCCAACCGGUCACGCCGGAUCAGAAUGGGAGACAUACUGCGACGCCAUCGCUUCCCUUGACACCCCCGGGUGCAGGCCACGAAGUCGUGGUGGACGAACAAACACCUCAGAAAAUGAAUUCUUCUUUGUCUGACAUACCAACGUCUGGGAUGUUGACCCCUCGCCGUUCCUCUAAGCCUCCGACCCCGGAUGUGACGCCUCCUCGAACGAACUCGAAUAAGCGACCUACCUUGAACCAGUUUAAUUAUUUCUCCUCUUCGUCUCGAGCCGAUUCAUUCCAAACGGCUUUGGAAAAUAUCUCAUCGGAAGACGAUAUGGACACCCCGGUUCGCAUGUCUCAGACCGCGACUCAGACCCCAAAACAAAGGAGGCAACCAUCAAAGCCACCCGCCUCAAAUGGAUAUCUUUCACAAUUUUCAAAUUUAAAAGGAUCUCUGCCAUCUGCUUCUCAACAACAUAGCGAAACUGAAUGCGGCACCGGCUUCGAGUCUUUUGAUGGACAUUGGGCCGCAAACCCGGUGGAUGGGUCACCAACACCGUUAGCCGGAAAGCGAAAGUCUGCACAGAGCCACUCUCAAUCAGUCUAUAAGUCAACCCCUGGGAAAGAUGCGUUGGAUGUAAAGCAUCUAGAUGCCUCCUUGAUGAGAGAAAAAAGUUUGCGAGACCGUCUCAAUGGUGCGCAUGAAGUCAAAGCAAAGACCUCAAUGGAGCAGUUCCGCGAGAACAUUGGGUCGUCAUCACAGGGGGUCUAG